AUGAAAAUCUACCAAGAGUUGCUUCAAAAAUAUAAUUUUACAAAACCAUUCGAUUUUAAUAACAACAUGAUUAGCUGAAAUGACAAAAAUUGAAAAGGAAAUGUCAAAGAUAAACUCAAAAUCUAUUGAAGAAACGAAAACAUGAGCAUAAUAAAUAAAAAAGUAACAUUAAAGAUGUUUAAAGAAUUAAGGAAUCAAACUUUUACCACGAAUAAACUCCCAAAAUUCUGAAUACUGAAUAAAAACCUAAUUACUGAAACAAGAAUAAAGGCUGCUUGAAGAUAUGGUGCUGGUCCAUCUAAAGUAUUAGUUCUAUUGAGAAACAGAAAUAAUCAAGAUAACACUUCGAAUUUAUGUGAAUUAUGUAAAGUCAAGGAAACAGAUAAACAUAUUCUUAACGAAUGCAUAAAAUAUAAAAACGAAAGAAUCAAAUUUAUACAAAGAUUAUAA